AUGGAGCAGAUAGAUACACAGAUUCUGUUUGUUCGAAACCUACCAAAGGAUGUAUCUAAAGACAAAAUAAUUGAACUGUUUGAAGAAUAUGGGACAAUAAUCCAAAUAAGAGUGGGGGUGGAAAAGAAUACGGCAGGAAAUGCUUUUGUGGGAUACGAUAGAGUGGAGAGUGCCAGGAAAGCUGUAAGGCACAUGAAUGGGUAUUAUCUUGGAGACAAGUAUUUGAACAUAGGAUAUUGGCAACCAUUCGAUAAGUUUCGUUUUAUGAUGGGAAGAAGGUGA